UUUCAGGCAAAAGAAAUGAUGCGGGAUGUACUGCUUUUGCUCCUUGGAGCUCAUCUUGCCUAUGCUGGAACACACUCUCUGAGAUAUUUCUACACUGCUGUGUCUGGAAUCAGUGACUUCCCAGAGUUCACUAUGGUUGGUCUGGUUGAUGAAGGGCAGUUUAUGUAUUUUGACAGUAACAUAAUGAAAGCUGUGCCGAAGACUGAGUGGAUGAGACAGAGUGAGGGAGCAGAUUACUGGGACGAAGAGACUCAGAUUGGUAUUGGCAUCCAUCAGACCUACAAAGUCAACAUCCAGACCCUAAAGGGACGCUUCAACCAGACAACAGGUGUUCACUCGUUCCAGUUCAUGUACGGCUGUGAGCUGCAUGAUGAUGGCACCAAAGGAGGAUACAUGCAGUAUGGUUACGAUGGAGAGGACUUCCUCAGUCUGGAUAAGAGCUCCCUCACCUGGACUGCUGCCAAUCCUCAAGCUGUCAUUACCAAGGUUAAAUGGGAUUCCACCAGAGCAGAGACAAAAUCUGAAACUAAUUAUCUGGAGAACAUAUGCAUUGAGUGGCUACAGAAGUAUGUGAGAUAUGGCAAGGACACUCUGGAGAGAAAAGUCUCUCCUCAGGUGUCUCUGUUGCAGAAGGAUCCUUUAUCUCCAGUCACAUGUCACACUACAGGUUUUUACCCCAGUGGAGUAACUAUCACCUGGCAGAAAAAUGGACAAGAUCAUGAUGAGGAUGUGGAUCUUGGAGAACUUAUUAUCAAUGAGGACGGGACCUUCCAGAGAGCAAGCACCCUCAAUGUUAAACCUGAAGAGUGGAAGAACAACAAGUUCAGCUGUGUGGUGGAGCACCAGGGCAAAACCAUCAGAGAGAUCCUGACAGAGGACAAGAUCAAAACUAACUACGCUCCUUUCCCCAUCGGCAUCAUCAUUGGUAUUGUUGUUGCUGUCCUCCUGUUGAUUGUGAUUGGUGUUGCUGGGUAUAAGGUCUAUCAGAAAAAGAAAGGCUUCAAACCUGUUAAUGGCUCUGAUGAUGGAUCGAACAGCUCAGCUCAUACAGAUCCAAAAGCAUAAAGAUGAGACCAGAUGAGUGCGAGAGAUGAAGUAAAACAUGAUGCUUAUCCUGCUGUCCAUCUUGCUUACAACACACACACACGCACACACAAUCAUAGUUUUCAGUGAUGGGAUUUAUCUAUAUUAUGGUUCUACAUUAAUUACAUCUGCAAAGUAAAGUUUUUAUUUCUUCACACUUUAUGUUCCUCUUUUGUUUUUCUUUAAUUGUAUGAACUUUCAUUCAUUUUAAGAUGGCAUGUUGAUCUCAGAGCUUAAUUGUAAAAUAUAUAUAUAUUUCUCUUUGGUGACCAAAAGAAACCAAGAAUACAAAUAAUUGAUUUGCGAGUUUGAUUAAUUUGUAGGAUUUGUGAUAUCUGUACUGAUUAUGAAACAAGAGAAACUUGUGAAAGUAAACACUUUCUAGUGUGUAUAGUCAGUCAUAGUAUAGUAUAGUAGUCAUCUCUUGUUGCGUAUGUGAUGUUUCUAAAGGAAAUAGAAUAUGAAAUAAAUCAGGGCAAUGCUAACAAGUCAUGGAAAACUAUCUCCUGCAAAACCUAAAAUAACUUUAACUCUGGAUGAAUUGUGUUAUUGGGCUAUUCCAUCAAUAAAAUUAAACAAUAUGUAGGCUUCAUAUUUUAUUUCUUGGAUGGGAUUAUUGGGCUUUUUCUGUUUGUAUACUUUUUUCUUUUUGUUUCACAUAAUUUUGAUGAUAAGUUUUACUACUGAAUAAUAUUGAUUAUUGUAAUGUUUAAGAUACUGUACUAUUAAACCUUUACAUCAACAUCUGUACAGUACAGUAAACUAUUUUCAUUGAUUUGAGGUUACUAAAUCUAAAUUAAGUUACAAUAAUAUUUUUUGUAUAUUGGUUGGCUUCAAAACAUUGUAAUCUUAUUGUGAUUCUUUAAAAAUAAAUAAACCUCACAAAAAGGG